AUGACGCCCCCGCGCCCGUUGAUGUUACUAGUGCCCGCUGCUCGGGAGCUUCAUUUCAAUCUCAGCGGUGCCGACAUGCCGACGUGGCACUUCGACGGGCAAGGGGGCGUUUGGACGAGCAAAGAGAAGCAAUGUCCCUACUGCUUCAGGGAGUUUAAGACCGUCAAAGCCCUUAAGCAGCAUUUUGAAGGGAACACAACCAAUAAACCAAGAAACAACAGCACCACCACCACAUCCCCUACCACAACCAGCACCACCAGCACCACAUCCCCUACCACAACCAGCACCACCAGCACCACAACCACUAGCAACACAACCAACACUAUAUUUCACCCCACUAGCAACACAACCAAUAGCAACACAAACAACAGCACCAGCACCACAAACAAUAGCACCACUAUAUUUCACCCCACCAGCAACACAACCCCCAGCAACACAACUCCCAGCACCACAAACAAUAGCACCAGCACCACCAAAACGACCAGCACCACAACCAACAGCACUACAAACAAUAGCACCAAAACGACCAGCAACACAACCAAUAGCCACACAAACAACAGCACCAGCACAACCCCCAGCAACACAACUCCCAGCACCACAAACAAUAGCACCAGCACCACCAAAACGACCAGCACCACAACCAACAGCACUACAAACAAUAGAACCAAAACGACCAGCAACACAACCAAUAGCAACACAACCAACAGCACCACCACCAACAGCACCAGACGAUGUGGUGGAGCCGCCGCCCAUGACGGUGGAGCCGCCGCGGCCGGUAGACACGCCGAAGAUGCCGCCCAUGACGGUGGAGCCGCCGCGGCCGAUGGACGCGCCGAAGACGCCGCUCGUGAUGGACGUGAGCUACGCUCAGGAGCUCAAUUUAAACUUAACAAAUCCCACCGUGCCCACCUGGCACAAAGAUGCGAGUGGCACAAUAUGGACGACAAGUGGUAA